GUUCCCAUGCUCCCUUUCAUUUGUCCUUCCAUUGUACUUAACCCUAUUUCUACCCCUUCAUCUCUCUCGAAAUCUCAACUCAGAAUCUGAGUCAACUCACCUCCCCAAAACACACACACACACAUAACAGUUAAGAUUGGGUAAGAAAUGGAUGUAUAUGGAGUACCUGGAACGGAUGAUCUUCUAGACUUGUCUAAUGAUGAAAUUUUCUCGGCUACCAUUCAUUCUGACCUCCACUGCCACGCCUCCUCCUCCGCCGCUGCCGCCAGCACCGCCAGAUGCUUUGAUGCGCCUACUGCUAACUAUUCCGAUUUCCCCGAUGUCUUCUGUGUUCACAGUGAAGAUGUGGCUGAGCUAGAAUGGCUUUCGAAAUAUAUGGACGAUUCAAUCACCGAUUUUCCGUCGAAUUCCAUUACCAGCGCCGAAGCAGCAUUUUGUGGUGGCUCUCGGAACAUACGCUCCCGAUCAUUCACCUCCACAAACGCCGCCGCUUCCGGCACCACUGCAUGGAGCUCUCCAUCACCCCCAAAUAACAAUGUAAACCAGAGAGAGAGUUUGAUUAACAGAGGUAAAGAGAAUACUGAGAAGGCGCGUCGAUGCACGCACUGCUCAACAGAAAAGACGCCUCAGUGGAGGACCGGGCCGAUGGGGCCGAAGACGUUGUGCAAUGCCUGUGGCGUUCGGUACAAGUCGGGCCGGCUCGUGCCCGAGUAUCGGCCAGCUGCAAGCCCGACAUUCGUCCUCACUCAACACUCUAACUCUCACCGGAAAGUCCUGGAACUCCGACGACAGAAGGAACUCCUCCGUCAUCAGCAAUUACAGUCGCAGGGAUGUAAUGACAUUACUUUCAGGUUUGAUGACGUCAUUUGAAACAACAAGUGUCAGCAUUAAAAGGACUGAAAUUUGGAAUACCCUAAUUAAUUUUUUUCCCUUUUCCCUUAAAUUUAUGAGAAAUUUAAGAUUUGAUGCAACAUUUUUUUUUUUUUUCAUUUUAAUCCUCUUUUCAAUUGUGGAAGGAAGUUCAUUAAAGUUUCUUACGUUCCAUGUCCUUUUUGGGAAAUCUCUCUCUCUCAUUAGUUAAGUACGAUGCGUUCUCCCCAGCUGGCACUACCAUCGGCCCAAAGUGUGAGGAAAGAAUAAAAAAAGGAGGUGGGUGGUGGUGCACGUGAUAAGCCUUGAAGAAUAGAAUAGUGUCAUAUGUAAAAAAUUUAGAUUGCUUUUGAUUUCAAGCAGGAAAUUCGCAUGAAAAGAAAUAAGUUUUAGAUAAUUCAAUUUCUAGAACGUAUUUGCAUA